AACAAGGUCAACGUGGAGAAAUACUCGCUGGAUAAAAUUGCACCGCACAAGUACAGCAGCGACACAGCCGCCAGCACAACACCCCCGCCAGCAGGUGCCAUGUUGUGAGUAUUGAAAUGUGUGCAGUUGCUUCAUAGGCCCCGCCCUUUCUCAGGAUUCAGGAAGUUGAAUGUGUGUUUUCAUGCUGUUUCAUGAAGAAUGGCACCGGGUGUGUUAAAAUGUAUCGAGUGUAAUGCGGAUGCAAACGAGCUACAUCGAGAUUACAGCAACGGAAUACUAAAGAUCACUAUAUGUGGCUCAUGCAAGAAACCAGUUGACAAAUACAUCGAAUAUGAUCCAGUUAUUAUUCUAAUAGAUGCCACGUUAUGCAAAACCCAGGCCUUUAGGCAUAUUCUCUUCAACACUGAGAUCAAUAUCCACUGGAAACUGUGCGUGUUCUGUCUCUUGUGUGAGGCGUAUCUGCGGUGGUCUCUCCUGCAGGGGUCACAGCUCAGCAAUGACCCAGCUGACAUCAUCAGAUACACUAAAGAAUGGGAUUUUUACUGCAUGUUUGCACUGGCUGCUCUGGAGUUGGCAGUGUUCUGCGUGGGUGUGAUGGUGAUUCUCUGGUCAGUGCAGUGGUUCUGUGGUGGUGUAUUAGAAUGUACUCCCCUGUUGAAGGCUCUUCUGCUCUCCAGCUACGGCAAAGUGCUGUUGAUUCCAGCUGUCAUCUGGGAGCACGAUUUCUCCCCACUCUGCUUCAGCCUCAUACGACUGUUUGUUCUCACCUCCAAUACACAAGCCAUUAGAGUGAUUCUGAACUGCAGAAGGCGUCUCGCUCUCUUGGCAGUGUGUGGUGGGUUGCUGUUGGAGACGUGUGUUUCCCAGGCUUUAAAAACACUGCAAGUCUGCUCACAAGACUAUCUGCCAGUGCUCUAGAAGAACGCAAGGACCUCACUUUGAAACAUUUAUUAAACUGACUUUAGGAUUGUCUCAAAGCUUUGACCAUAGACAUCAAGUAGUCUUGUCCAAAUGUAAAUGGAUCCUCUAUGCAUUGAUGCAAAACUUGAAAGUCCUCCUUGCCAUUCGUGAGACUGAGGAACACAAAGUUUGAUUUAUGCUUCAAACAAAACGUUUUACCCUGUUAAAUCACAAUUGUGGAUGUGGAGGCAAGCUUGUCGUUAUUUUGGAAAUGUUUAAUCAAGUUGUUCUUUACAAAGACAUUUUGUGACAAGGCCAAGUGAAACUAAAUGGUCAUAGAUUGCAAAGAUAUGAAAGCCACGAAAAGCACUAGUCCCGGGGAAAGGUUCCUAAAACGGGCUUAAGUGCAGCCAGUGGGAAAGGCCCUUAUGGCAACAGUGUGCUUAUUAGUUCUUUAACAUGCAUUUGCCUGGUAUUUGCUAAGCCUAUUCCUUUUUUAAGGGAUGGUCCACCCAAAAAUGUAAAAUUAUGUCAUCAUAUAUUUGCUCUCAUGUUUUUCCAAAACUGCAAGUCUUUCUUCUAUGGAACAUUUUUGGAUGAACUAUUCCUUUAAUACCUGUAUUAGUUUGACUUCUAUUGUAAAUUCACCUCAAGGCUGGGGAACUAGGAUCAGUGUAGGUAGAAAAAGAGCAAACCUGCAGUUUUCUUGGAAUCCUGUAUUUUUACUUUGCCUUUGAAGACACAGCUUUACAUUCCUGUGGUAAUUUGUCAAAUUCUUGCCAUUUAGCUCUGCUGAGAAAAGACGAGACGAGAAGACUCGAAUACACUAUAGAUGCCUGCAGACCAAUGUAAACACCAUAUGUUCACAAACUGGUAUGAUCUCAAUGUCGUUUCAUGUUGGAUGCCUUAUGGACUUUCUUUUACAAACACUUAAAUGCUUAUAUAAUUUACUUAUAACUUGUGCAACAUGAAUGAACUCAGCAUCGCUUAUUGUUUCGUAACAGUUUAGUGUUUCUGAAGCAUGUUCUGGGGGAAAGUGGUUAUUAAGGGAUAUGUUUAACAGAUUUCAGCAUUGUUCUGAAUUGGUGCAAAUCUCAAGUGCUUAAAAUUGUUAAUCCUUCACAUUUCAUCAGCAUAAAUCAAGCAUGUUUUUUAUGUAAAAAACUAUUGUGGUAAUUAUUGCAUGUAUUAGUAUUUCAUUACAUUUAAAUUACUAUAUGGGGUGAAAUAUUUUUUCAAUCUAUUCUAUACUGCAUAUUUUGUCAUGUGAAGAUUUUUAGGACUAAACACAGGUCAUCGUGAGGUGUCACGAGUCGUAACCAUUGUUUUCAUUGCACAGCCAUGCCUAAGUUUUUGUUGAACUCCUUGGUAAAUGGUGAGUAUUCAGGGAAAUUCUGAGAGACCUCUGUGUGUCUGUUUCACAAAUCACUAUUGUUUAGCAGUCAUGUUCCUAAUAAGUCUUGAAACAGGUUUAUCCAUUUGUUUAAGAAUGUAAGGCCAGGCUCUUCUCAAUGCUGAUUGGUCAAUAAAGUGUACCAGUUC